AUGCUGUUAGAAAUUAUUGGGCAGGUGAGGGGGUGGGUCACUAUGCUUUCAGUUUCAAAGGUUAAGAGCCCCCCCCUCCCAGUGCGUACUUUUGUUGAAUAUCAGGAAUAAUGAUGCUGCAUGGAUAUGUCAGUCUUAUGAACUCUAUUCACUAGAGUUCAUAAGGGCUACAAGUUUAUUAGUGCUUUUGUACUAUUACGCACUACCCCUUUGAAAUAAAGACUCUAACUAACUAACCAGCAUCAGGCCGUAUUCUUGUCAAAAUUAUGCUAUGAAUGACCCCAGUCAUAAUCACUUCAUAUCUCUCUAUAAUAAAAUGGCCAAUGUUCCAUCAACACCUGAUAUAUAUUUCAGAACAGUACAAUUAACUUGUUUCAUUUUAUCUUUCUAUCUUCCAGACAGUCGACUUAAAGGUCAAGGGUAUGCAAUUCCUAUAGAAAAAGAUUUGUUUCCUUGAAAGAGACUGAAUCUCAUCAUAUUUUGGCAUGUCUAUAAGUGACAGUUUGGCUGAGCUUGUAAUUGACAACAGAAAAGAUCGUUUUACCAAUACACACAAGCCUGUAAAUGUUGAAUCUGAGACAUACAACUAAACAGCAUCACAAUGUGAACUGAAACACCACAACCUGCAGACAUUGCUCAAUCAUUGCCCACAUUGGAAAUAGUAUUAAUAUUGGCAAGCCAUUUGGAGAAUACUCAUUGCAUCUCAUAAUGCAGACUGCCCAGUAAAGCAAUAAUAAGGCAUAUUUCAAACUUUAUUCAUACUUUAUCCGUUUUACAUUAUUUCACAUUACACCAUAGUAUAUAUUAUUGACAUGAAGCCAUGCUGUGGUAAUAUGUAAAUUAGGGGUGCACCGGAACCAAUUUUUAAAGUUCCGACCGGAACUGCAAAAAAGUAAUCUGGCCGGAACUGAAUUAUUAAGCCAUAUAUAGUCAUAUCUGAUGUUACUUUGUCUGCUGCCAGACAGGUUCACAAAAUUGCAAAUGUAAUGUUUGACACAAAAACGUAUGAUAUUCUAUCUCUCUGAAAGCGACAGACUUCCAGUUCCGGUCAUGCAUGCUUUUUUUAUUAGUUCUGGCUGGAACUCUGAAAAAUCGGAGUUCCGGCAGGAACUAACCAGCCGGAACCGAGUUCCGGUGCACUCACAAUGUAAAAUCAUAAUUUUAAAAAUAAAUAAGUUAAGAAGUUAACAUGUAAAUAUAUAAAUAGGUAUAAAUAAUUUUAAUAUUUUAUGACUCUAGAUAAUAUUUUAUACAGGAGGUUUAGAUAGGGGUAGGCACAUUAAAAGCACUGUUUCCUGUUCUUCUAAAAACGUGGGUAUAAAACCUCUGUCUCAUCAAUAUCACUCAUCUUAUCUGGUGACUUUCAAUGAGGUGGUAGAUCUACUAAGCAGACAGGAUUCAUAUGUUGAUGGUAGCAAUUACAUGGUGCUUGUCUUUUGACUGAUUUAGUGGUGGAGUACAGCAUCCAACUCUUGACCAUGUCAAAGUUAAUAAAUAGUAAGUAAUUUCAAAUGGCUAGGGGUAAUUGUAACCCCUAGCUCAAAAUAUCCCAAACUAGCGUUUGGCUCUUUCAAUUUUAAUUAAUACGGCAAAACAAGUGCCCAGUAACGAGCUGCGGAAAUGCAACACAGCUAUAGUGCGACAUGUCAGGAAAUAGUAUAGUUUACUCGCGCAAGAUGACAGACAUAAAUAGAAUAUUUGCUUGCGAAUAGGAAUUUUAUGAAUUUUGCUUGUAAAUAGGAAUUUUAUAUCUCUGAAAAACAUACCCAGCUAACAUUUGAACAUUGUUAUUUGUAGGUUGAUAUUAGCAAAUGUGAUAAUACAUCUACCUAUGUAUUCAAUGCAAUGUCUUGGGAAACUGCUGGUGCAGAAGAUGGUGGUGAAGACAUUGGAGUGGAAAAUGGCUCGGACGAUUUCUUAACCAAAUCAGUUAAAACAGGAUGCCAGCUUGUAGGAAAUGUCGAUUCUUGGAUAUCAAAAAAUGAAUUGAACAACAGUGGGCAUUCUUCUUGUAGUAGUUUUAACUUGCUUGGAUGCUGCGAUAUAAUGAGUCCCCCAACGACCUCGUUCAACAAUGUGUGA